AUGAAGCCAGUAGCACAAGUGAAGCUCACAAACGUAUCUAUAGUACGACUCAAGAAGGGUGGUAAAAGGUUUGAGAUUGCCUGUUAUAAAAACAAGAUUCUAGAAUGGCGAAGCAGAGUUGAAAAGGAUUUGGAUAAUGUACUUCAGAUCAACCAGGUUUUUCUCAAUGUUUCCAAGGGACAAGUAGCUAGCAAAGACGAUCUUAUCAAGGCAUUCCAAACGGAAAACUCUGAGGAAGUGGUCAGACAAAUAUUAGAAAAAGGGGAUAUUCAAGUUGGCGAAAAAGAGCGCACUCAGCAGCUAGAUAACAUGUAUCGGGAUAUUGCCACGGUUGUUGCAGAGAAAUCAGUGAACCCAGAAACAAAGCGACCGUAUACAGUUACAAUGAUUGAAAAGGCAUUGAGCGAUAUACAUUUUUCGGUGCAUCCAAACAAGGGGGCAAAGCAACAAGCCAUCGAGGCAAUAAAGUUGCUGAAUGAAAGUAAAACGAUCCCAAUAUCCAGAGCACAGAUGCGGCUGCGAGUUAUCAUGCCAGCAAAGGAUGGAAAGCGACUCAAGGAUAAAAUUGCCCAGAUUAUCACGAAUGUGGAAGUCGAGGAUUGGAGCGAUGACUAUGAAUUGAUUACUGUAAUUGAUCCUGGUAGUUUCCGUAAGAUUACCGAUUUAUUGCAAGAGGAAACCAAAGGACGUGGCCAAGUGGAAGUUCUUACACUAAACGAAAGUGUAGCUGAUGAGCAAUAA